GUGUUGUGUCAACUCACAGUAACGCUUCCGUGUUUCCAGUCUGGCUUCGCGCACAACGCAUGUGAUUUUUAUUUAGGAAAUUAUUUGACGUGCCUCGAUAGUUAACGUUUGAUUUCUGGUUAAGGUCAGUUCAGUGGUUUACACUUAAACGUUCGCGAUGGGUUUACUGACGAUCUUGAAGAAGAUGAAGCACAAGGAGCGUGAAAUGCGUCUACUUAUGCUGGGUCUUGACAAUGCUGGGAAAACAACCAUCCUGAAGAAGUUCAACGGCGAGGAUGUCAGCACGAUCUCUCCAACAUUAGGCUUCAACAUAAAGACGCUCGAGCACAGAGGGUUUAAGCUGAAUAUCUGGGAUGUGGGUGGUCAAAAGUCCUUGAGAUCUUACUGGAGGAAUUAUUUUGAGAGUACAGAUGGACUGGUGUGGGUAGUGGACAGCGCCGACAGAUUGAGACUGGAGGACUGCAGGAAAGAGCUGAGUACUUUAUUACUAGAGGAGCGAUUAGCAGGAGCCACUCUGUUAGUUUUUGCUAACAAACAGGACCUACCAGGUGCUUUAUCAAAAGAUGGAAUCAGAGAGGUUUUAGCGCUUGAUGACAUUAAGACCCAUCACUGGUGCAUUGUGGGAUGCAGUGCUGUGACGGGUGAGAACCUGCUAACGGGUGUGGACUGGCUACUCGAUGAUAUAGCCGCUCGGAUCUUCACAGCUGACUGAUGGACUGAAUGUUUUAGCACAUUGGCGAUAGACUAAAUAAAUUCUUGUACUGCAAAUGUAUUUCAUGUUUGAGGAUGUCAAAAUGGCUGUAAAGCUAAGAUACAAAUCACACUUACCAAGAAUACACUUAUUUCUGCCUUGACAAAUCUGGUCUCUGGUCAUUUAAUUAAUGCAGUCUUUUUCCUUGUUUAAGAGGACUUACAGGUCAGCCUUCCCUUUUUGAUUGAAAUUUGAGAGUGGUUGCAUCUCAACUGGACCCCUUUCAUUUAUUUUUUUUUUGCCCUUUGAGGGGUAUUUUUGGACCUCAGUUUGUGCUUUAGUUCAAAUCUUACCUUAACACAUGACCUAACAUUGAACACUACUUCCAUAUUAAAUGCUGUGAACAUUGACUACCAAUAGUCAAGUUACAGAAAUGAAUUCUAAUAGGAGCAAGCAUUGCACACCUAAAUGCCAUUUGUUAGAUCAUGAU